GAGGAGGGCGAGGAGGAGAAGGAGGGCGAGGAGAAGGAGGACACCGACAUGUCCAGCACUAUUUUGAGGAUCAACAAUGGAUCCAGGGACUCUCUGCUGGAAGGAGACGUGUUGAUUCCAAAAACCAGGAAUGCUAUGAAGUGCCUUAAUAAAAAAUAUAGCUGUCUGUGGCAGAAGUCUGCUAACGGGCUUGUGGAAGUCCCUUUCCUCAUCAGCAAGAAAUAUAACAACGGCGAGAGGAGCACAAUUGUGAAUGCCAUGAAGGGCUUUGAGCAAACCACCUGCAUUCGCUUCGUUCCACAUAGGAGGGAGAGGGCGUACCUGAGCAUUGAACCAAGAGACGGCUGCUUCUCUCUGCUGGGUCGUAUUGGAGACAAGCAGGUGGUGUCACUGCAUCAGUUGGGCUGCGUCGACAACAGCAUCGUCCAGCACGAGCUGCUGCACGCGUUGGGUUUCUACCACGAACACACUCGCAGCGACCGCGACAAGUACAUCAAGAUCCACUGGGACAACGUCGAACCUUUUUUCAAAAUCAACUUCAAAAAGAAGGACAAUGAUGAUCUCAACACUAAAUAUGAUUACUCCUCUGUGAUGCACUAUGAAAGAAAUGCCUUUGGAAAGAACAGAAAGGAGACCAUAACUCCCAUCCCGGACGCCUCUGUUGCCAUCGGGCAGAGAGUAGGAAUGUCCAAAAUAGACAUUCUCAGGGUCAAGAGGCUCUACAAAUGCUAG